CUCAGUAUAAUGUAGUAGUUACGCUCUCCUACUUUACCAGUGCGUGCGAGUUCAUGGAAGUCACUAUGUCUAGGUUUUAGUGGGUUUUGCGGAGGUUCCGUUCUGACAAAUUUAUUUCUAUUAACCUUCGAAUUACUUUUUAAUUAACAAAUAUGGAACUUUUAAAAGUGGCUUUGAACAUAGUGUUUGUUCUACAUAUUUUUAAGGGCUAUGUCAUUGCUCAGCCGAAGAAGGUGGAUCCAACUGGGGGUAAAGAACAAGAGCUGAGAAUGAUGCUCAAAACUGUACUGGAACAAAACAGGAGACUUGUGUUACAGAACAACAGAUUACAACAGGUAUGGUUCGGAAUGCAACAGAUGUGUAAGGCCCUCACAAUGUCAACAUGUGACUGUAAUGGUCCCCAAAUCAACAACUCAAAUGUGAAUAAACCAUACACAGUAAACAAUAAAUCAGUGAAAAAACCAAGUUUACCUUAUCAGCCAGCAUUGCCCCUUCAAGUGAUGUCGAUAAGAUCAGAAGGGGUCAGUUCAGACCCUACUACUAUCACGAUCAUAUAUGCUGCCACACCUGACCACACAACAGAAUGGAUCGGCCUGAGAACAAAUGGCGGAAUGUGGAGAACAACUGGUACAAGAACACAGACUAUACCCGCAAGCAAAUUAUAUACCUCCACCGUUAAUGUUGACCAGCUGCGAUCUAUGCGUCAGAUGUUCUUCCGUUUAUACAAUGAUGAAGAAUCCGUUAAUGUGCGAUUCAAUCUGACAGAAAUCGAAAAGCCGCAACAACAAAACGUCACAGCACCCACUGCAGGUCUACUUCAGGUCAACAGCAGUUACAUGGCACCUCUGGAUUCAGAUUUGAAUAUCACAGCUAUCGUAAAUAAAAAUACCCGAGACUUCAAUGAACUUGCUUUUGUGGAGGUCUUCUUUACAGGUCUAAACACAAGUGCUGGUCCACCAGCAAUAUUUGAAAUAAUGAACUUCAAUUCAGAGGGUCUGGGUCUAAGUAUGUCACGCCGGACUGAUAAAACAUCAAAUAUGGAUAUAACCCUCAGAUACCCGUACGUGCAGUAUGGCGGAAUACUAACAGUACGCAUGCCAUAUCGCGAGUCAAUGACAGGAAUGGUUGAAGAACUGUACUACGGACCUUUCAUUAAGAUAUAUGCGCCAGAUGCCAAGGACGUUGUACCUAACAACACAUUAGGUAUAUUUCCACUCUCAAGAAAAACAAUUAUUUUCCCUCCAACACAGAGUAUGAUAUGCGCAGCGAUGGGAAACCCUCGACCUAAUGUAACAAUCCUACAAAUUGUUAAUGGCGGUAAAACAAAGGAAAUUCCAACGGAAACUGUCAUUUUAGACAGCUACAUGAACAUGAAAGUACUAACAAUGUCAGCCAAGCAACCAAGAAGGACAGAGGGCCGUUAUGUUUGCAGGGCAACAAAUGGUAACCAGACAAUAGAUACGCCAACAGAAGUUGUCGUUCUUAAUCCAGCAGUGUUUGAUGAAACCAAGACCGGAGUGUCGAAAAACGCCAGCAAGAUAGUUGUUAUAUCUUGUAAGGCAAGGGGAAAACCGAAACCAGAGCUGUCCCUUCGCUUAUAUGAUGAAUACGGUCCCGAUCUUAUCAAAACAGGAAUGUAUAAGGUUUGGAGAUCAGACCCAAAUAAGUACACGUCUCGGGUGACCUUAACCAUCUCGCCUGUAGAUGAUCCCGACAUACACACAGUGUAUUGUAUGGCGAGUCAGGGAGGCCCGAACGGAGCAUUUGAAGUUAGCCGUAAAAUCAAUGUUUUCCCGGCCGAAAAAGAAAAUAACUGGGACUUUUACCAACGUGUGAAAGAUCUGCAAGUAGCUUAGGAAACCGGUUUGUGUAGCAAAAUGUUGAAACGAUCUUGCUGGAGGGAUAGGAGACAUUUGACAUAAUCCUUUGCUUGUAUGCGAAGACACUUUUCACCCACUGUCUCAUGUGAUAGUGACGUAGAGUACAAAUUAGUGACGUAGAAUACACAUUGUUUAAUUUCUGUAAUGGUAUUCUGUAAGUUCUCAGUUUUGUAAAUUAAUACAGAAAUAAAGGUACCAGAAGAA